UGUUGUGCAAAUAAAGGCAGAUAGCGGAUCUCAGACUGAGGCACAAACUUUUUUUACUGACAGUUUUUCAGCUAUGGUGUGCGCGAUCGUAAGCUAGGGAAUGUGAGUGCCCAGCUGAAGAGAGAAAGUCGUGGGGAAACAAAAAAAGGAAAACACUUUCACGACGGGGAAAGUGAAUGAUUGAUCCUAAAAGGAAAUUUAACACGAUACAGGAGGUGUGAUUUGAGAGAGAGAGAGAGAGAGAGAGAGAGAGAGAGAGAGAGAGAGAAAACGAGAGAACGAGAACGGUGGGGAAAAGGAGUACAUCUUUGCAAAGAUGAGCUUGUUGUCUGCCAUAGACACCAGUGCCUCUGUGUACCAGCCUGCUCAGCUCCUCAACUGGGUUUAUCUAUCUUUACAAGACACUCACCAGACCAGUGCAUUUGAUGCCUUUAGACCAGAGCCUAAUUCUUCCCACCCGGAUCUCAACUACACCAAGACUUCUGCUGCUGAUUUGAGCGCCUCUCUAAAUUCCAACUAUCUGAACAACUUCAUCCAGCUCCAGAGGAAUGAGGCCAUAACUAACAGUCUGUAUAAGAGUGCCUCGCCCUAUGGCUCCCUCAAUAACAUUGUGGAUGGACUCAGCUCCCUGACGGACCAUUUCUCUGACCUAUCUCUCUCCUCUGAGCCAAGGAAACCCAGCAAAAGACCACCUCCAAACUACCUGUGCCAUCUCUGCUUUAAUAAAGGACACUAUAUCAAGGACUGCCCGCAGGCCCGCCCAAAGGGAGAAGGCCUAACUCCAUAUCAAGGGAAGAAGCGUUGCUUUGGAGAGUACAAAUGCCCGAAGUGCAAGAGGAAGUGGAUGAGUGGAAACUCCUGGGCCAACAUGGGACAAGAAUGUAUCAAGUGCCACAUUAAUGUUUACCCCCACAAACAGCGGCCGUUGGAGAAACCUGAUGGCCUGGAUGUCUCUGACCAGAGCAAGGAGCAUCCUCAGCACCUGUGUGAAAAAUGCAAAGUCCUUGGCUACUACUGCCGCCGCGUGCAAUAAAUAACGGAAAAGAUUCACUGCCCUGUCCAGCCGCUUGUCCUUCAGGAGUUUGUUGUCAAAGUUCUCUGUACAAAGUGAAAACGUGCCAAAUUGUAUUUGUCUUCACUGCUAAUAGGCCUUAAACUACCAAUAUAAUGUUACAUAUUCACCAGUGUAGGUGUAUCAUUUUGAAAUUAUAUUUAUAGCAUUAUAACUGACCUUGGCAGUAUUAUUAUUAUUAUUAUUAUUAUUAUUAUUAUUAUUAUUAUUAUUAUUAUUAUUAGUAUGGUGGUGGUUGUUGUUGUUCUUACCCAUAUCAGUUGCAAUAGAACACCUCACAGUGAUGUCUAUUGAGUUGUUGUUUACAGAAUCCUUUGUUUUCUUUCCUGGCCAGAUGAAGUAAAAUGCUAGAAAAAAAAAAAAAAAAAAAAAAUCAAUUUAAGAGGCACGUCUGUGCCUUUACUGUUCAUUGGGUCAAUAGCACAUUAAAUUAACUGUGAAUUAGCCGAGUUGGGGUUAAAGAAAUGGCAUGCAGGUAGUAUUUUGAAUAAUGAAACUUAAGUAUUUAUUUUUGGAGAGCUGCCACGUCUGGGUUUUUGGUUUUGUCUGUUUCUUACUGUGCAAUUGUGUUGAUUUUAGCAAGGACAUGCACAUACCUUCUCAAACAGUGCUUCCCUUAUGAGCUCAGGAAUUGCUGUAGAUUUCUUAAGGUGUGACUUUAAUCCCAAAGGUGUGCAUCUGGGUCAGUUUUGCAAGAAAGCAAAUGAUCUAUGGUUAGAUUUGUAAGGGGGCGGGGGGGCGGGUUGCAGUUGUUAAGCUCCAUUUUUGAGUUGUAGUUGAGUUGCCCAUUGCUCCCAGUUAUUAAAUGUAAUACCUUCACAGAAAUAUCAUAUUAAUAAGAUAAUCUUAAAGGAUUGUGUAGUUUUGAGGUCUAAUACUUCAAUCGUAAAGUUAUUAAUUGACAUUAAACAAUAUUAUAGUAAAACUAUAGUGAUCAUCUCAAUAAGAAUCAUAUUCAUCUGUAAAACCAUUAUAAAUUACUUUACUGAGUUAUUCACCCAAAUCAACACAAUUCUGUACUUCCUAAGACUUUUAUAUGUCUGUUCUUUAUUUUAGACAGCCCUAUGUUCACAAUGUAAUGUUAAAAGGACGAAUCUUAAGUUCUAUUUAAUACAUUAGGGUAUGUGCAGGCUGACUGUAACCACAUACUGUACACUGCAGUGGUGGAAGACUGAUAUUGAAGAAAAUUAAGCGAAAAGUCAUAUUAGUAGAGGCUGAACUGAGGAGUUGAACAUGAAAUGUUUAAUUGUGACCUGAAGUCUCGAUUUGUAGGUUUGAGUUUCUAAACUAUUUUUUUUUUUUAAUAAUGCACUUUUAAAAAAAAAAAAUAAUCUGUUUUAGCCUACGUAUUUGUCCAAAAAAAACUAUUUACAAUGAUUUAAAUUAAAUAUCUGAUAAUUACCUGAAAUAAAUACAAUUAACAACGGUACUAAAAAUGACAUGAACAUAUGGGAAGUUGCUUAAAAAUCCUCGAAAAAAAAAAAAGAAUUGUGAAAAAGUGCUAAUAAUUUUGUAUUUAUUUAAAAUAACUAUUAAUUACUUUGCAUGAUUAAUGUUAAUCAUUAUUUAACUUUAAAUGGUAGAGGUAUUUUUUAUAAAGGCAGUAAGUGAGGUGAGCUGAAUGUGUAGAUGGGUUUAGCUGCCUACUGCGAGUGGUGACGCAAUGUUUGAAAUUGUAAUUGCAUCUCAUAGGGUUAAGCCUUUAGAACCAAUAGGCAAAUUGAUUUUAAAGGUCACAACAAUGCAGCUGGUGUCAACACACAUCCAGAAUUACAUCUUUGAUGCCAGGAUGCAGGGAGAGCUGUUGUCUAUUAUUUAAUGAUUUAAGUUAAAUGCCCCAGAGUACUGCACUGCAUCUCUGCUCAAAGGGUUUUUUUUUUUAUAACAAUCUUGUUUAAGUCAUUUAAAGUUAAUUUAAGAAUCCAGGCAUUUAUUCUUUUUUUUUGGGGGGGAAAUUCUAGUAAUAGAGGGGAACCUUCCUUUCAAAGCCCAUGGCAUUUAUUGGGGCAUUCUUAACAAGUAAAUUGUAACAGACAUUUAUUAGUAAAUAGUAAUGUUCUGUGUGUUUUUAAAAUUUGUAAUAUGGGAAACUAGUUUCAAAAUGUAACAUUCUACUUGUGUAUGAUGUUUCAAAGAUUUUCCUGUUUAUGGUCCUCAGCUAAAGCUAAAGCUAACUUGUAAGCUAUGGCUCAGUUGUAAGUUCUGAUGAGGAUGAUUUGGAAUUGUGUAGAAUCAUUCUCUCUUCAGUAUUUUAAGUAGUAUGCAAAGUUGGUACAGACAGUACUGCUAGAAAACAUUAAGUCCAGCUUAAAUUUCACAAGUAGACCUGUAGAAAGAUAAUGAAAUGCAAUACGUUUAUGUUUCAAGCACUGAAAUGGUAAGCUGCCACAAGUUUUUCCCAACCCCAUUAGUUAUCCAGUGUUAACUAAAAUUUCCAACUGGCAAAAACAGAGACAACUAGGAAAUGUAAUUUGAAGACAGCACAUGAUAGACUUUACAAAUGACAGGGUUACAGGGGUUCUUGUAACAUAUCUGUAACAAAACAGCCAAGGUCUGAUAUGCAUAAAGUAGGGUAACUGGAGGGACAAAAAAGUGAAUUUA